UGGAAAAUCAAUCAAAGCGGGAUUUCCCAUCUGUGAGUUUCUGAGUCACCUUCUCCAUGGCUGGUUGAAAGUGGAUAAACAGUGAAGAGCCAAGACGAAGCUGAAGCCCCAAUCCGCCAUUGAAGGACCAACAUCAAUGGCUUCUUCGCUCUUUUUUCGUCGCUUUUGCUGUUUACAUUCUGCAACUUUUCCUUCCUCCUCCUCCUCCUCCUCUUCCGUUUUCUCCAAGAAGAAGCCCCUCGUUUUCCUCGGUUCUCCUCAGGUCUCGACUACAGUUCUUGAUGCUCUUUUUAACGCCUCUUUCGCCGCCGAUGCAGCUUUUGAGGUUGCAGCUAUUGUUACUCAGCCACCGUCUAGAAGAGAUAGGGGGAGAAAGAUGAUGCCUUCUCCAGUUGCGCAAUAUGCUCUUGAUAAAGGCUUCUCUUCUGACCUUAUUCUUACACCUGAAAAAGCUGGAGAGGACAAAUUUUUGAGCACCUUAAAGGCUUUGCAACCAGAACUAUGUAUUACAGCAGCAUAUGGGAAUAUCUUACCAACCAAAUUUCUCAAUAUUCCAGCAUUAGGGACUGUCAAUAUUCACCCAAGCCUCUUGCCAUUAUAUCGUGGUGCUGCUCCUGUUCAGAGAGCAUUGCAGGAUGGUGUUAAGGAGACUGGUGUAUCACUAGCAUUCACAGUUCGUGCAUUGGAUGCCGGACCCGUCAUUGCUUUCGAAAAAUUUGAAGUUGAUGAGCAGAUUAAGCAGGCACCCGAUUUACUUGCUUUGCUAUUUUUAGAAGGCUCAAAACUUUUGAUUCGGGAACUUCCUUCUAUACUUGAUGGAUCUGCUGAAAAGAAGGCACAACCUCAAGACGAAUCUAAAGCUACCAACGCUCCAAAGAUAGCUCCUGAUGAGGCAUGGUUGUCAUUUGAUCAAGAGGCAUAUGUUCUACACAACAAGGUUCGCGCAUUUGCAGGAUGGCCUGGAACACGAGCGAAGGUUGUCGUUGCUGAUGAUAAAAGCGGUUGCCACAAUAUCCUAGAAUUUAAAAUCAUUACUACAAGGGUUGGCAUCAAUUAUAGUAGUCAGGAGACUCAAGCAGAUGAGAUCUGCUUUGUCAAGGAUGCUUUGGUGUUUCCAUGUGAAGGGCGCACGACACUUGAGGUACUGGAAGUUCAAUUACCUGGAAAAAAGGUUGUGAGUGCAGGCGCCUUCUGGAAUGGUAUGCAAGGGAAAAGGUUGAAGAAAUUCGAUGAAACUAAACAUUUUUCGCACGUGUCCGUGUGAUAUUUAGAAGCAAUCUAGCUGAAAAAAAGUUGACGAUCGCACGUGUUGUGAUAUUAUUUAAAUGUAGUCUAGGCGAAGAAAUUUGUUGAAUGCCAAAGCAUAAUCAAUUCUAUCAA